AUGAGGAGAGCAGACCCGCCAGGACGGGCCACUACGGAUCGACCGAGGACCACGUUUUCUCCCGACCCUUCGGUUGCGGACUACUGGCGCAAGGUCUACGAGCAGGCGGGGUACGAGAACCGGCACCGUUUCGACCCCACGCUGGAGUGGACUGCCGAAGAAGAGAAGAAGCUGGUGAAGAAGUUGCCCGAGCUGGGCAUGGACACAAACGACUUCAACUAUGGCCAAACUAUUUUCCUCGUGUCGUUUCUCUCGGCCGAACUGCCCAGCGGUCUCAUCAGCAAGAAGCUCGGUGCUGACAGGUGGAUUCCCUUCCUGAUCGUGUCUUGGUCCAUCGUUGCGGGCUCACAGGCGUUCCUGACCAACCGCGCCGGCUUUUACGCCAUCAAGGCUCUGCUUGGCCUGCUGAUGGGCGGAUUCAUUCCGGAUGUUGUCCUGUACUUGACCUACUUUUACAAGUCGAAUGAGCUUCCCGUGAGGCUGGCGUGGUUCUGGACAGCCCUCAGCACGUCGAACAUUGUCGGUUCUCUGGUGGCCGCUGGUGUCCUGCAGAUGCGAGGCGUCAAUGGCUGGGCUGGAUGGCGCUGGCUCUUCCUCCUCGAGGCCAUCUUCACCAUCAUCGUCGGCAUUUUCGCGUGGGGCCUCAUGCCGCCUGGGCCGUGUCAGACGGCCAACUGGUUCCGCGGCCAGAAGGGCUGGUUCAGCGAGCGCGAGGAGCUCAUCCUCGUCAACCGGCUGCUGCGCGACGACCCGAGCAAGGGCGACAUGAACAACCGGCAGGCGGUGGGCGGCAAGAAGCUCUGGCUCGCCGUCAGCGACUGGGAGCAGUGGCCGCUGUACCUCAUCGGGCUGACGACGUACAUCCCGCCGUCGCCGCCCAACACGUACCUCUCGUUCAUCCUACGGCAGCUCGGCUUCUCCGUCUUCGAGGCGAACCUACUGGCGAUGCCGUCGCAGUUCCUCUUCGCCGUCAACCUGCUCAUCAUCUCGUGGGUGUCGGAGCGCGUGCGGGAGCGGGCCAUGGUGUCGUCGACGUCGAACAUUUGGAUCUUCGCGUGGCUCGUGCCGCUCGUGACGCUGCGCGCCGACGCGAGCCCCUGGGUGCGCUACGCGCUGCUGACGGGCCUGCUGAGCUACCCGUACUGCCACGCCAUCCUCGUCGGCUGGAACGCCAAGAACAGCAACUCGGUGCGCACGCGGGCCGUCAGCGCGGCGCUGUACAACAUGUUUGUGCAGAGCGGCAACAUCGUGGCGUCCAACAUUUACCGCGAGGACGACAAGCCGCUGUACCGCCGGGGCAACAAGAUCCUGCUCGGCAUCUGCUGCUUCAACAUUGUGCUGUUCUAUGGCGUCAAGGCGUUCUACGUCUGGCGGAACAAGACGCGUGACGCCCGGUGGAACGCGCUGACGAAGGCGCAGCAGGACGACUACCUGCUGAACACCAAGGAUGAAGGCAUGAAAAGGCUGGAUUUCCGAUUCUCUCACUGA